AUGAGCUCAGCUUCGGAUCAUGACGUAUUGGUUGGCAUGGGCUUCCCAGCAGACAAGGUGUUGCUUGCUCAUCCUGGCGAUCUCGAUGAACCGGCGGAAGGAGAAACUCUGGGUGGGGAACCAUCAGGAAAACCGGCGGAAGCAUCAUCUUCUAAAGAGGAUGAUGGAGAAAUUCAAGACGGAGAACAAACAGCUCAAUCAUUGAUGUGUGAUGAAUGUCAGAAGUUGUUUCGCGAUGCAAGUGCUGCAGAACGACACGCAACUAAGACUGGUCAUGUACAAUUUUCUGAAUCAACUACGGCCAUCAAACCAUUGACGGAGGAAGAGAAAGCCGAAAAGUUGGCAGAAUUAAAACAACGUUUAGCUGAAAAGCGCGAGUUACGCCUACUUCAAGAAAAGGAAGAAGAAAAGAACCGCGAAAAAAUUAGAAGAAAGACGGGCAAAGAGUUAACAGAUGCUAGAGAAAAAUUGGAAGAGAGGGAAAUGCAAAAGGCAUUGUUGGCAAAGAAGAAGGAAAAGGAAGAAGAAAGACUUGCAAAAGCUAAAAUAAAGGAACAAAUUGAGGCCGAUAAAAAAGAGCGAGCUGCAAAGCGUGAAGCUGCAAAACAAGCAAACUUACAACAUCGGCAAGAGGAGGAGGCUGCCGAAGCUGCCAGAGUUGCUCAGGCGUCGAAGGAAUAUACCGAAGCACGAUUACAGAUUCGACGACCGGAUGGUCAACCUAUUACUCAUACUUUUCAAUCUACUGAUACCUUACAAGUUGUAUACGAUCAUGUUACUCCACACAUUAUUGGCCCAUUUCAACUUGCGACGACAUUUCCAAGAAGAAUUUUUGGAAAUUCUGAAAUGGGAAAGACCUUAAAAGAAUUAGGUCUUGUUCCAUCAGCUGUCUUGGUAGCAAUAUCAUGA